AUGAGCGUGGCGGGGAAGCAGCCUCCUCCAGCACCGCUCGAGCGGCCCGGCAGCCUCCUCGUCCCCACCUGGACUAAAACUGGUAUUGCAUUGUUGUAUGAUGAAGUAUCUGAAAAUGCUUAUGACAUCCGACUGAAGCUUACAAAAGAGGUAUUAACAAUUCAAAAACAAGAUGUCGUCUGUGUUAGUGGAAGUGAUCACAGUGCAAAUCACAGAACUGUUACACUUCGUAGACAACCAGUUGGUGGCUUGGGCUUAAGCAUAAAGGGUGGUGCUGAGCACAAAGUGCCUGUCGUCAUAUCAAAAAUAUUUAAAAACCAAGCAGCUGAACAGACAGGAAUGUUAUUUAUAGGAGAUGCAAUAAUACAGGUUAAUGGUAUAAAUGUAGAAAGUGCUACCCAUGAAGAAGUGGUACACCUACUGCGAAAUGCUGGCGAUGAAGUUACCAUCACAGUUCAAUACCUCAGGGAAGCUCCAUCAUUUUUAAAGCUCCCAUUAGGUUCCCCUGGACCAUCCAGUGAUCACAGCAGUGGAACUUCAUCACCCCUCUUUGACAGUGGCUUACAUUUAAAUGGAAACUCAACUAACACGGCUCCAUCAUCACCUUCUUCACCCAUAGCUAAUGAACCAAAAUAUGAGAAGCGCUGGCUAGACACCCUAUCAGUUCCUCUGUCGAUGGCCCGAAUCUCGAGGUACAAAACCGGAACAGAUAAAUUAAGAUCUAAUGCAUUUGAAGUGCUGGCACUCGAUGGAGUUAGUACUGGGAUACUUCAGUUUUAUACAGCCCAGGAGAGUGCUGACUGGCUGAGAGCAAUGUCAACUAACAUCAGUGAUUUGACACUUCAAAAUAUGAAAAUGGCAAAUAAAUGCUGUUCUCCCUCUGACCAGGUCAUACAUAUGGGAUGGGUAAAUGAGAGACUUGAAGGAACUGAUUCAUCUCAGCUCUACAAAUUCAAGUUUCUGGCCCUGAAGGGUUCAUCCUUCUACAUUUUCAGCACUCCACCGGUAAGCACACUAGACUGGGUACGAGCUGAAAAAAUCUAUAACCUCUGUGAGGUUCUAUUUAAAAUUCACAAGAUGAGGAAUCACAUACUGAAAUAUAUCUUUCAGCUCUGGCUUGCUGAUGAUUGCUGGCUACAAGCAAACUUGUAUUUAGGUAUUCACCAGGACUUUGAUCUUGAAGACCAGAGGCCGUAUUGUUUCAGUGUUAUGGUUGGACAUGGCAAGAGCCACUAUUUCAACGUAGAGCUGGGCAGUGAAUUGGCAGUGUGGGAGAAAUCAUUCCAAAGAGCAAUUUUCUUGGAAGUUCAAAGAACAGGGUCUAAAACAUAUAUGUGCAGUUGGCAAGGGGAUACCCUGUGUUUCACAGUCGACUUUGCUCUAGGAUUUACCUGUUUUGACAGUAAAACAAAGAAUGUGCUAUGGAGGUUUAAAUUCUCUCAGCUCAAAGGCUCAUCAGAUGAUGGGAAAACAAGAGUAAAGCUGCUUUUUCAAAAUAUAGACACCAAACAAAUUGAGACAAAGGAACUUGAAUUUCAGGAUCUGACGUCAGUUUUACACUGUAUUCACUCCUUUAUAGCAGCAAAAGUGGCAUCUGUGGAUCCAGUAUUCAUAGACAGUCAGAGUAUUGCAAGAAAAUAUAUGUACAGUAACUGA